CAUUUGCCACCUCCCAACACAGCAUCUGCAUCACAGCAAUGCCAAGGAAGCAGUUCAAGCAACCCUUCCAGCAACAAGUUGAGAGUUACUCUGUUAAGCAGUGAAUGGAGGUCAACAAAAGGAGGCUUGUCAACUAUCAACCGAGAGCUGGCCAUUCAGUUGGCGAAACAACCCAGUGUGGAGGUCAGUGUUUAUGUUCCUCAUUGCAGUGAAGAGGACAAACGAGUCGCUGCAAGUCACAAUGUCCAUCUCAUUAAAGCAGAAGAAAUGGCAGGUUUUGAUGACCCAGCUUAUUGGUUGUCCUGUCUACCACACGAUCACGCUGUGGACUGCGUGAUAGGUCAUGGGGUCGUUCUUGGUCGGCAUGUGCAGUUUAUUAAACUUCAUCGUACUUGCAAGUGGAUUCAGGUCGUUCAUACAGCUCCUGAAGAGCUUGGUAUGCACAAAUCGUAUGCAGAUGCCAUUUCUAGAGGUGCAAAAAAGCACCAGGCUGAGGUAAAACUCUGUGAAAAAGCUGAUCAAGUUGUAGCUGUUGGACCUAAGCUGGCUGACGCUUUCUCAAGUUAUCUUCGUGCUUGUGGAAAGGAUCAAGAUGUUUUUAAUCUUACUCCAGGUAUCUUCUCUGAGUUUGCUGAUGUAAGGCAAGCAACUGAAGAAAGAAAAACAUUUAAGGUUCUUGUGUUUGGACGUGGUGACAAGGAAGAUUUUAAGUUGAAGGGGUAUGACAUCGCUGCUAAAGCCAUUGCCGAGUUGAAGGACGAUCCACAGCCCUAUAAUCUUUUGUUUGUUGGUGCACGAAUUGGAGAAGAGGAGAAAGUGAAGGAUAUGUUGCUACAGCAAGGCAUUGAUUGCAGCCAAUUAAUUGUUCGUUGUUUCAAUGAAAGCAGAGAGCAGCUAGCCGGAUUUUUUUGUGAAGCAGAUCUUGCGAUAAUGCCAUCACGAACUGAGGGCUUCGGGCUUGCCGCCCUUGAAGCUUUAUCUGCUGGUCUACCUGUGCUGGUCAGUGGGAACUCUGGUCUUGGGGAAGCUUUGAAAGAAGUUCCUUAUGGUUCAAGUUGUGUGGUGGAAUCAGAAGAUCCUAAAGACUGGGCAAAUGCAAUCAGAGGUGUUUGUAGGAAAAAGCGGAGGUUGCGACUUAAGGAGUCAAGUGUUCUUCGAGAAGAAUAUGCAGAGAUGUACAAGUGGCAGGAUCACUGUCAGAUGCUUAUAGAAACAAUGCGUAACAUCUCUCAAGGUAAGAUUGUAUAG